CUGUUGUAAACAUGCUUUGCAGACACUGUGACUACAUAACAGAACUACAGGGUCUCUAAAUAUGUCGUAGCAGACAUGACACAGCAGGUCCUCCUCUGAUAUUGGAUUUCGAGAAGCCAUUUUUAAGCUUGAACGCAAGUUAUCUUAUCUGCUUUGGAUAACAUUUUUUUUAUGGAUAGUUGUGAAAGAUGACAGCACCACACGUAUAUCAUACUUCCUAGAUAUCUCAUACGCAUUUUGGGGAAUUUCAUAAUGGCCUGUUUAUGGAAAAUAUUUCUUCUCAACAUUUUCAUUGUCUUUGGUAGAAGCAAGGCUUUGACAGGUAAUUUUUGGCACAUCACAGACCUCCAUUGGGAUCCUUCUUAUGGAGUAGGAAAUGAGAACUCUGCAUCAAUUUGUGAAUCUAGUGGAGAGCGUCCAACGCCAAAUGCAGGCAAAUUUGGAGAUUAUCUUUGUGAUUCAUCCUGGACUCUGAUAAACUCAUCAAUGCAUGCCAUGAAACACAUUCUGCCUGACCCUGACUUUAUUGUGUGGACUGGCGACGAUACACCACAUGUUCCAGAUGAACGUCUGGGUGAAGAAUCUGUCCUCAGAAUUAUCGGCAAUCUCACACACAUCAUAAAAUCUCUGUUUCCAAACACCAAGGUUUAUUCUGCGCUGGGAAAUCAUGACUAUCAUCCAAAGAGUCAAAUGCCCCCUGAACAAAACAACAUUUAUGAGCAAACCGCAAACCUGUGGCAAGACUGGCUCAAUCCUGCUUCUAGAGAAACCUUUAAAAAAGGUGGAUAUUACACAGAACAGCUGCUGAAUCAAACUGGUUUGAGAGUGGUGGUCCUCAACACCAACCUUUAUUACGAUCAAAACAAACUCACAGAAAACAUUAAAGACCCUGCAGAUCAGUUUGGCUGGGCUGACCAAAUCCUUCGUGAUGCAGCCAAAAACAAUGAAAAGGUUUAUCUUAUUGGUCACGUCCCUCCUGGUUUCUUUGAAAAAAAGCGAGAUAAGCCCUGGUUUAGGGAAGAGUUCAAUAAGCGCUAUAUAGAUCUUAUACAGAGGCACCAUGCUGUUAUAUUGGGCCAGUUCUUCGGUCACCACCACACUGAUAGCUUUCGUAUGUUCUACAGUUCAAAUGGAUCUCCAAUAAGUGCAAUGUUCCUGACGCCAGGAGUGACACCCUGGAAAACAACUCUGCCUGGGGUCCUGGAUGGUGCAAAUAAUCCUGGCAUUCGAGUGUUUGAGUACGACACCAAAACACUUUUGGUAAAGGACAUGGUAACCUAUUACCUGAAUCUGACCUACACAAAUAUUGCACAUCCACGUUGGGAGAAGGAGUAUCGCCUAACAGAAGAGUUUCUCGUGCCCGAUGCCUCCCCUGCCUCGAUGCACCAGGUGAUAGAGCGGAUAUCCGGUGAUAAGUGUUAUCUGCAGAAGUACUAUCAGUUCAAUUCUGUCAAUUAUGACCUUACAGACUGCAACAGUGACUGCCGCAUCGAUCAUGUGUGUUCAAUACGGGAAGUUGAUUUUAAGGGCUACGAGCACUGUGUUUUAAAAGAGGGCGUAGCUGCAACUGGUCCCAUACCGUUAACUUUGCUUUUAUCAUUGGUGACGGGUCUGCUGUACAUUGCAUGAUCACAGCUAAUUUCUUGAAUAACAAAUACUGGUCCAGUUUCACAGACAAGGCUUAGAUUAAGCCAGCAUUACGCCUUAAAUAAAUUAAGUAGCUCUUGUAAGAGUGACACUUUGAGACAAAACAAUGGAACUGAAAUAUUUAAAGAUAUGUCAAGCAAGUUUUUUUCAGUUAAGGCAACUCAAACAUGCAUUUUAGUCUGGGUCUAAGCCUUGUAAGUGAAACUGGGUCAUAAAGUAUCUAAAUUGAUAUAAUGACUAUCUGCACUUGAGAUGGCAUCACAGACAGCAGUAGACUCCAGAGAAUGAUUUUAUGUCAAAAACAGUAAAUAACAUCAUUAAAAAAUGACUAGCUGGGUUAUUUCACAGAAAGUCAGAAACCGAAAACUUUAGUCUUUGCAACAUUAGUCAAGAUUAGGCAAGUAAAAAAUUUAAAGGGGUCAUAGCAUGAAAAUGUUAGCAUUGCCACUUUGUAGGUUUGAGCAAAAAUGUGUCGUUUUGGGUGUGUCUUUUAAAAUGCAAAUGAGCUGAUGAAGUGCAAACACUGAUCACAAUGAUGGUGGUUUGAUGCAAUUCAAACUCAAUUGUGCUGUGAAUUAUUUUUUCUCUCUUUCUUUCUCUCUGCACUAAAUGGGCAGUGCUGUGAUUGGAUAGUGUACAUUAAGGGGGCGGUAUAAUUCUAAUAAGACAUCCUUAUGACAUCAUAAGGAAAGCCAAAUUUCAAUGACCUAUUUUUGCUCACACCAACAAAGUGGCAAUGCUAACAUUUUCUUGCCAAUGCCUAGCCUGACGUUGUCAUACUCAAUUCUAGUCAGAAUUUGAGUCUGAUACCGCUCCAUUGAGCUAUAAUUAUGAGGCGUGUCUCAACCGAAAAAUGCCUCUGCACUCAAUUGGAUAGACCUACGACCAAUCAGAGCAACGGGGUGUGAGACGUAUGUUGAAAUGACGUAUUUGCAGCUUGACCGAACUGCUAGUUAUUUCGCUACGACACACACUACAAGUCUGAGUUUGCGAACGUACAUCAACACCUACUAUGUUUACAACAUUUCAUUUAUAUCACAUACAGUAAGACUAUCUCUUACCAUUUGUACAUUAGUUGAACUUCAUCCACGACGAUACCCAUUACGUUUGCUUGUUAUAUCCAUCUCGUCGUGCACACCGAGUUGCAUCGCCGUGAUACCCAUUUUAGUUGCUUCUUUAACUUGAUCUUUCAUAAGUGCGACAA